UGAGACUUUGUAGGUUAUAUUGGAGAACAAGGAGAGCCGCUCUGAUGGACUGCCGCAUCUAGUCUAUCUAUCCAGAGAGAAGGAUCCCAAGCAUCCACACCAUUACAAAGCCGGUGCCAUGAAUGUUCUGACCAGAGUCUCUGGAGCUAUGACAAAUGCUCCUUUCAUGCUGAACGUAGACUGCGAUAUGUACGCCAACAAUCCACUGAUUUUUCAUCAUGCAAUGUGUUUGCUCCUCGGUUCCAAGAAUGAACAGGACUGCGGGUUUGUUCAGUCUCCACAAUGCUUCUAUGAUGGACUAAAGGACGACCCAUUUGGAAAUCAGCUAGUAGUUUUGUAUAAGUAUCUGGGAAGUGGGAUAGUAGGGCUUCAAGGACCUACGUACACUGGAACGGGAUGUUUUCAUAGAAGAAAAGUUAUCUAUGGGUUAUGGCCAGAUGGCAGGAUGGAGAUCAAAGGAAGAAGUGGUAUGCAGUCAAUUUAUUUGUCUUAUGUAUCAUUCUAA